CUCUGUCUUUUACUGUCUCUGAUAAAGUCUCUGGGAGUUCUUAACUUUGCCGAUCCCUUUAAUGUGGAAUUCUCAGAAUUUCGAGGUAGAAACAUUUAGCCAAGAGAGAUGACUGACGGCUAAUUUGUAGGAGAGUUUGACUGCUUCACUUGCCAUUCCAUUAUCGUGCAACUAGUGCAAAUGCAGCCUUGUAGGCUAUUUUGAAAAAGGGGACGCUCGUAACUUUUCACAACUCAACAUUUCGUCUCUUAAACGGUAUAUGGCCAGCUCCAGAAAAGUGUUAGAAUUGUUCUACGACGUUGUAUCUCCUUACUCUUGGCUUGGAUUCGAGGUGCUCUGUCGCUACAGACAUGUUUGGAACAUUGACCUCAAAUUGCGACCGGCCUUCUUGGGAGGCGUUAUGCAAAGUUCAGGUAACAAGCCUCCAGGUCUGGUCCCAAAUAAGUUUCUGUACAUGACAAAAGACUUGGAACGUCUCGCUCAGUAUUUCAAAGUACCCCUGUCCUCUCCAUCAAACCCUUUUGAGGCCAUGUUUGAGAAAGGUUCUCUUACAGCCAUGCGCUUUGUGACUGCAGUGGCUGAGAAGGAGACAGGUGGAGAUGCCCAGGUGGAGAAGGUGUCCAGGGAGCUGUGGAUGAGAAUCUGGAGUAAAGACCAAGACAUCACCCAGCCUGCAUCACUCAUAGAGGCGGGUCUAAAGGCUGGACUGUCAGCCAGUGAGAUUGAUGAGUUGCUGAAGUUGGCCCAGUCCCAGCCAAUCAAAGACAAACUUAAGGCCAACACACAGAAAGCAAUGGGUUAUGGGGCUUUUGGUUUCCCUCUGAUUGUCUGUCACGUGGAUGGCAAACCUGAGGCGUUCUUUGGCUCAGAUCGCUUUGAGCUGUUGGCCCACUGCAUAGGAGAGAAGUGGGUGGGGCCACAACCAAACAAGCCCUCUGCCAAAAUGUAAAACCUCCUAGAUUACAGUAUCACAGUAAAAACUGUAACACAAGGACAUAAUUAUAGCAUUUAUUUAAAAUAAAAAAUGAUUUUGUGACAUUA